AUGGUCGGAUCCUCGGGGGCAGGCAAAUCUACAAUUGCCUCUCUCCUCCUCAAGCUUUACCAAAUAGGAAACAACUCACUCGCAUCCUCCAACCCGUCAGGCGAUAUGACCGUCUCGAAUUACGAUAUCAAGACCUUGCAUACUACCAUCCUCCGUUCCCGGAUGGCCAUAGUAUCACGAACGCCCGUCCUCUUCCCCGGCACUAUCGCAGAAAACAUCGCCUACGGCCUAUCCCGUUUCCUUCCCGAAACAAGCAUCAAAAGCAUCCGCGCAGCCGCCUCCGCAGCUGACAUAGCUGAGUUCAUCGACAGCCUGCCCCAAGGCUACAACACGCCUAUCGGCGAAGGCGGCACAUGUCUAUCCGGAGGCCAAGCUCAACGCGUCUCGAUCGCACGCGCCCCCGUUAGAAACCCCGAUGUGCGUAUCCUCGACGAAGCAACGAGCGCGCUAGACGUAACUUCCGCUCAGAUCAUCCGCGAGACCAUCCUCAGUCUCGUUCACGGCAUCGAAGACACUGGAUCCACCAUAUUCCCCACCCAUAUCACCCUGGAGCCGUUCAGGUUGGUUUUGGGAUGA